UGAGUGCGGAUUAAAAUGUACGUCUACGAAGCCGCCAUUUUGGAGCGGUAUUGGCUAAUAUUUGUGACCAAAAUGACAGUAUGCCUCAAUACUGUGCAGCGUUGGGAUGCGUGAACAAGCGCACAGCUGACACAAAAGCCAAGAGAAUCACAUUCCACAAGUUUCCAAAAGAAAAGGAAUUGAGGAGACAGUGGGAAGUUGCUGCAAGAAAGAAAGGUUUUUGCGCCACAAAGUCCUCCGUCCUGUGCAGUGAGCACUUCAAACCAGAGGACAUCGACGCUACAGGCCAGACUGUCAGGCUUAGAGAGGGAGCCAAACCAUUUGUCUUCAGCUCCCAGCCUCCUGUCCAAAAACAAGUGUUUACCAGGACUACACAAACAUCCAAAAGAGCUCAAGAGAGCUUGAAUGUGGAGUCUGAAUGUCCAUUGAAUUCGCAGCAGACUCAACCAACACCACCACCACCACUUCCUGAAGUUGAUCACUGCUAUGCACUGCCUGCUUCUCCCGCCGGUCUAAAGGCCAGACUGACUAAAGCCUUAGCUAGGGUGGAAAGUCUGGAGCGCGAGUUGAGGAAUGUGAAGGACAGAGAACGAAGGGCAAAGAACACUGUGUUCGGUCUUCUGGAGGACCUGAGGGGCAAGAACCUUAUCAAUGAAGAACUCAAAGAGAAGCUGAACUCCUACUCAGACCUUCCAGUCCACCUGUUGUCCAGAAAGGGAAGCGACUACACGAAAGACCAGAGGGAGUUUGCCCUCACUCUGCACCUACAUGGUCCAAAGGCUUAUAACUACUUGAGAAAAUCUCUCCACCUUCAACUUCCGCAUCCACACACACUGCAAAGGUGGAUGAAUUCUUUGGAUUCCGCACCUGUCCUUGACACAACGUUGGAAAGAAGUGAAGAAGAAGAAGUAGAGGCUGUCGAUGAAAGUGAGACUUUCAAUGAUGCAAAAGUUAAUUAUGAAGACAUUCAACACAGCUCUCUCACACAAAACAUAAUAUUCUUAGUAAAAGAAGUGAAUGGAGCGCCACAAUCAGAAGACAACACAGAAAUACAGUGAAUCUGCAGUUGGUCCUGUGGCCAGCAGAGGGUAGUAAAAAGCUUUUGGGGUUUUUUUGUUGUUUUUUUAACAAAGGACCUGUAAAAAUGUUAAUAGACUGGUUAGUUGUAGUUGACAUCUCAAAGGUUGUUUUGUAUCACAGAAUUAAAGUGAAGCUUGAAACUUCUACAAGCUUUUCCUUUGCUUUUAAACUUUUUCCACUGAGUGCCGUUUAUGGAAAAGUCAAAGGAAGCGGGAGCCAUUUUGAUACUUUUUAUUUUGUAAACAGGCUAAAAAAAGGCGUUUUAUAUGCAUUUAAAGGCAAUACCUUGUGCUUGCUUUGUGUUAUAUGUGAUAAAGCUCAUUAUUAUUAACACCUAUUAUUAUUAUUAUUAUUAUUAUUAUUAUUAUUAUUAUUAUACCUUGCUCUUUUUUCCCCCCCUUGUUUAAUUGCCGCAAAUGGCCGUACUUUGGACACUAGUACACUAGCACUAGCACUAGAUACAAAUUACAACCACAGUAUGAAACAAUGUCUUUGACAAAGUCAAUCAAAAGUCAACGUGUUUGGAAAGGCAAUUCGAUUGUGCAGGUGUACCUAAUGUUCUGUUCUGUGAGUGUAUGCACAUUUGACCCAAGAAGUGCUGACCUCAAUCGUGCCUGUGUGAUAAAUUCUAAUGAAAUGCCCCAAACCGCUCAGACGUGUUACUCACAACACAGGGACGUCUUAAUGAGGAAUGCAGCCAUGCACAAGGUCUUUGUGGAGAGGAGGAGGAGGGAGGGGGGGAUAAAAGCUUUCUCCGUCCCACCUAAGACGAACAAAAGCUCCCGAUUAUUUUCCGGGUUUAGACAUUUCACAGUCUGCUGCACAUUACUGUAACUGGGUGGGCAAUUGGCUAAUGUAUGUGGGAAUGAUAAUAGGGCAGAGUUAAAUGUGAUGAUUUCCAAGCUGAGUUUUGAAUGACAGGCAUUUUCCAGUUAUUGUUGUGGUGGUUGUAUUUUACAAUAUACUGCAUAGAGGUCUUUGUUAUGUUUUUGGCUCCUUAACCAGCAACAUUAGAGGGACAAUAAAUGAUUGAAUAAAUAAAUAAACACAACACACAAACACAGCAUUUUUGCCAUUUUCAAGUGAGAUUUUUUGAUUGAGCUCUUGUAUUGGAUCCCAAUAUGCGCAUGCGACUGACUCCAAUGCUGUGUCCAUUAUUGCAGAAAUGUAACCUUGUAGCUGUUAGUGUCAUUUUUAUAGACAGGAUGGAACAGGUCAUUAGGUCAAGAGAUAAACUCAAAAGAUUGUGUUGUUUUGUUCCCUGGGUGCAACAAUUUCCCAAGUAUCUUAUUUAAAAUGUAUGAGACAACCUCUGCCCCAUUAUGCAACUAUCUUUAUGUGCAACCAAAGCUGCUUUGUUAUCAAAAGUAACCAGCUACAGUCCUUAAUUUGAAAUGGUUGAUUCCCACAUUAAAACGCAUGUGGCAUUAUAGCCUGUGGUCACCUUAUAACUACUGUAACUACAGUAGAUGGCUACUUUUACUUUACAAUAGCUCUCU